GAUCAGGUAUUACUUAUUAUAUCAGAUCAUCUGCCGGGAACACCAUAAGCAUUUGGGACCUGUUGGGUUUAGUAUAUAAACUCCUUCUGCGAUUAGAUUAAUUAUCAGUUUCUUCAGAGUCCUCGAGUAACUAAUAACCAAAUCAAAAUGUUCAAGCUUGCCGUUCUUGUCGCUAUCUUUGGAUUGGCUGCUGCCGUUUCCGAUGACGCUGUUGCCGAAACCAAGGCUCUUGAGAAUGUGAUCUCUCCUGGAGGUGAAUCAUUCCACUGGGCUUACCAAACCUCAAACGGAAUUGAUGUCAACUCAGCUGGUGAUGCCAAUGUUAUCUCAGGAGGAUACAAAUACAUCUCACCCGAAGGACAAACCAUCGGUUUGACCUACACCGCUGAUGCUGAUGGUUACCAUCCAGCUGGAGAUCUUUUGCCAACUCCUCCACCAAUCCCAGCUGCCAUCAUCCGCGCUGUCGAAUGGAACUUGGCUCACCCACAGACCCAAGAAUCCACUUUGGGACGUAAAUUGUAAAUCAAUUACGAACAAAAACUGUUGAAAAUUAAAGAAUAAAUUUCUGUUUAAAAAAAAUA